GCGUCAGAAGGGCGAGUGUGACCAUCCAGCAAAGUCUGUGAGAAGAAGGCGAUCCUAGUGCAGGCCCGAUCAAUCGACGCAUGGAUUGGCCGGCGGACGCCGCCGUUGUUUUCUGUGUGCGGAAUGCCGCAAAUGCCUGAUGUCCGACACGCAUGAAUGGACAUUUCCUCUACAGGCAUUCUUGCAUGUGGAUGUGGGUGAAUACCCAUGCAUGUCACGAGGGCGGUCUGUGCGUUCCUCAACUCCUGCUGCAACUCCGUUUUCUCGACUUCCAUCCGAGCUCUUUGAUCGCCCACAGCGACACAGCGGUCCCGCCAACGAUCGUCAUCCUCAUGCAAGGCCUCGAUGAUGAUACGUUCCAUGCCUUCGAUUUCACGAAUUGCCGCCUCCCGUUGUGCUUCAGUGGCCGUGUACGAGGAGCGGAGUGCAAUCAGUUGCGUCGUGAGGUGGAAAACUUGGAAGUAAAUUGAAUUGAAACACAUUCAAUUUCAUAAAGGAAAGGAAGCGGCAACGGCAAGUGUUGUUGGGAAGGACUCCAUCCUAUCUGCGCCUUCCUAAUCAAUUUGUGUGGUCCACCAUCGACUUCGCACGGUGAUGCCGCUAGCAAUCAAGUCAAUGGCUUUGCAUGGAACUUCAAUCAACCCUCUUUCUGCAGAACCAGAGGAAUACGAACAAUGGGAUCCCAAUCAUCUACCAAAUGGAAAUCAUGUAACCAGGCAUUGUGCGGCUGAAGAUACCUGGAUGAGAGUGUCACUACUGCAAGGACUGCGGGUUCCUGAGCACGAGUCACCACUGACAAGCUCUUCAUUUGCACGUCCAGGAGGAGACGAUUUAACCACCUUUCCACCUCCCACGUCUCACGAACUUGAAGGUCAACCUCAGACUGGUUCAGUCAACAAGGGGUCCCCAUCGUCAUCGCCGCCGAGAUCCCGCCACGGGGUUGGUGGGUUCUGGCAUUCUGGGGACUCCCCUUCUGUGUCCCCCUGGUCAAGAGCAAGAUUAAGUUUCAACGGUCAGGAUCGUGUUGUUCAGAACAGGAACUGGACCUCCUUUCCCCGGCGACGCCGCUCGGAGCCUUUAUGGCCAGUUUGGGAGGAAGAAGACAUUGGCAAGCGAAGAGGGGUGUUUGCAGAUCCCGGCGUUUGCUCGUUGAAUUUCCAUGGAUUGCGAGAUGCCGAGGAACACAGGAGACGAUCUUCUACAGCCUCCUCCGCUACCCCCAUAUGUGUGCCCAUCGGUAUCGCUUCGUCAGGCGCAGCCGUUGGCAGGAUGAUGAACCCUUUUUCUGUACAGGAGGAAGCAAAUGCAUCCUAUGGCAUCGCCCCUUCGUCAGGAGCAGCUGUUCGCCGGGCAGUUAACCCUUUUGCAUUCCAGGAGGAAACAAAUGAACCUGCACAAUUGGAAUUUUCGGCUGCGAAUGGCUCGGGCUUAGGGCAACCGUGCUGGUAUCCCAUGGGUGGGGUGAGCGCCCAGCAGGCUCCCUGUGCUCUACCGUAUGGGAAUCAGCAACAGCAUUGCUGGAGUCCGACGACGUUUGCCAUGACCAUUGCCCCAAGGCUUUCUUGGACCGGGAACCGCGAUGGCGCCAGCGCCAACACUCCUGGAGUGAGGGAUUCCCGCGCGUCUCGAUCCCGAGGAUUGCCCACGCCUCAACGAGGUCGAAGAGCGUCGUCGAUCGGCUUGUCACAUCAUGACCUGACUCCAGUGCAGGUAGUGUCCGUGGGUUCGCCUGCAAGAUCUGGUCCAGUCCAGGCAGUCCUUGCUUCCAGCGUAAGUCAUGAGGAAGAGUUUCUUCUCCUCCUCCUCCGAGCUCUCUGCGCAUAUGGGGCACCCACACUCCGCAUGGAGCAUAACCUCCAGUGCAUUUCCCAGCAUCUUGGGGUUGACUCCUGCUUCGUCGUCUCUCCCAACCUUGCCUGGGUCUCCUUUGGCACCACAGCCUCUCACCCCCAGUUGCGCCUCUUUCUCAUUCCACUCCAACAAGGUCUGGAGUUGUCGAAGCUCGAAGACCUGAAUUGUCUCUGCAAUGAGCUGUUCCAAUCGAAGAUUGCCCUUCAACAAGCAGCAGAACAACUGCAGAAGAUAGUUGCCACCUCCCCGACGCAUCCGGCUCUGGCAAAUGUGAUGGAGAUCCUCUGUUAUGCCGUAUACGGCUGGACCGUGUGUUUGACUGGUUUCAAUGGGACAUGGAUCGAGAGCGGGUUCAGCUUUUUCACAGGGCUCGUGUGCGGAAUCCUCUGUUACUUGGCUUCUGCCUUCGCAGUGCCAUACACCAACUUGCAGGACUUUGUGAGCGCCAUGGCCGUGUCUUGCAUCGCUAAAGUCUUCCAGCUCCGUCUUGCUCCCGGGAUUUGCUUGGAUAUGGUGGUCGUAACGUUGUCAGGGAUCAUCGUCUUGGUUCCAGGACAGGGAAUCACCUUAGCGGUCAUGGAGCUGGCAUCAAAAAACAUAAUGUCCGGCACGAUGCGUUUGUUCCACGCCAUUCUCGAGGUUAUCUUCCUCGGUUUCGGAGCGAUUAUCGGCAUCCAGAUGGCAACUUGGAUAGCUGAGCUGUUGUUCGCCCCGUCUCUCCACUCUUCGGGCAGUCGGUUGACGUCCAUCUCGUCGUCCGCCUCACCAGCCGGUCCACCCCAAUCUUCUUUGCGGACCACCUGCUUGUAUCCCCGCGUCCCUCUCUCUCUCCACUGGACUCUAGCAAUACUUCCUAUCCAGUCUAUCACCCUCUCCAUUUGCCUCAAGGCCAAGCCUUCACAAUGGAUUCCCAUGAUGCUUGUCACUCUCAUCGCCUAUGGCAUUACCAGUGUGCAAAGUCCUCAUUUAGGCAUGGAGGCCUGCGUAACCAUCUCUGCGCUGGCCGUUACCUUGAGCAGUAAUUUCUACUCAAGAAUCACCCACAGACUUGGGAUUGCCCCUCUGCUAGCAGGGCUCUUUCUUCUUUUUCCUGGCAGUGUAGGGGUCCGUGGAACGCUCAGUUUCCUACUAGAUAAUGAUGUUCUCAGUGCAGCAAACUUCGCCUUCCGGAUGAUGCUGAUCGCCGUUGCGAUCACAGUUGGCGUCUUCAUUGGGAGCAUGAUCCUGUUUCCAGUUGCAAAAUCCAGCCAGAGAUUCUUGAUUGUGAUGUAGUGUGGCUAGCUCAAUGGUGAGACCUACACUCACCUAGCCAUAGUGAGAGAAGCUCUGCACGGUUAUGCCAACCUUAAAAUUGU